GGUUUAUUCACGAUCGUUUCUAUCAAAUAUAACACAAAAUAUAGGUAAAGUGACUGUCGCCCUUGAAUGUUCAGACUUUACGGAUAAGGAAAAAUAUUGUAUCGGAGCUAUUUUCAUAAAUGUAUGCCUAAAGCUAGUUGUUUAUACCUAACGGGAGAAAUGUCACGGCGUAACAAACGUAGAAACCAUGGACGCUUUUAUUUCGACAGAGAUGUAGCCAAACGUUGGCAUCCCAGAUGAUCUCGCUGCCUCGCCUUGCCCAUCAGACUCAGAUGGCCUACUUCUCCCACUCGGCUCUGGAAACGUGUGCGCUGUGUAAGGAGCCCUGUGGCGAGUCCCCCGCGGACUCCUCUACCUCAUCUUCCUCAUUACAGAUCCUAAGCUCAUCUGACUCGGCCACGCGGAGGCUACACGUCCUCCCUUGUCUUCAUGCUUUCUGUCGCCAGUGUCUGGAGAACCGGCGCAGCGCCGAAGAGCCGAUGAAACUUCGGUGUCCGACUUGCGAACAAACAGUAAACAUGACUGAAGGAGAUCUAGACUCUCUUCCCUCCACAAAUUUCUUCCUCGGCGGACUGCUGGAUGCAGUAGUCGCUGCGGAAAAAACCGAAAAAAGCAGCCAACGGAGCGAAAGGCUGACUGACGUCCAGCACCCACAGUGCAGCCCGUGUGAAGGGAACCCCGCGAGCUCGUACUGCCUCGACUGCCAGGAAUACCUGUGCUGCAACUGCGUGCGCGCCCACCAGCGUGUACGCCUUACCAAAGGCCACUUCAUAAAAUGGCUUGCGGAACAUUGGUAUCCAGCGGACAGAGGACUAGAUACACUUGGGUUGCCUCUUGCCAGCGGGUUCGAUUUAAACGCUCUAUUGUUAACCAGUCUGCAGCACCGGGGCGGUUUCUGCCAGCAACACGAGAAUGAGGUAUAUUGUUAUUUCUGUGAGACCUGCUCGGUGCCGGUGUGUCAGGCGUGCGCUGUUAGUCGCCAUGGUAACCACAGCAUGGCAUGCCUGCGAGAUGCUGUGCUGGAGUCCAGAGCGCUCGCCCUCCGUCUGCUCGCCGAAGCUCAACAGGUGUGGCAGGCCCUCCAGUUGAGCAUCGAGAAGGCCCGGGAACUCGCAGAGCAGGUGGAGAAGAAGGCCAUGAAGGUCCAUUUGGAGGUGCAGACCGUCAUCCUUUGCCAUAAAAGAGCCCUUGAGGAGAGAGAGUCUGAACUUCUCUGGAAGGUGGAGAGGAUCCGGCAGCAGAAGGCCGAGUCCCUGUGCCUGCAGGUUGAGCGUCUGCAGCACAACCUGUGUGAGCUGGACAGAACCGUCUCCACCGUAGCACGGCUGCUGGGUAAAGGCAGUGGCGGGGCAGUGCGGCUGCUAUGGGAGCGCAUGGUCCUGCAGCUCAGGGCCACACAGGAGCUGCAUGGCCAGCUGCAGCUGUGCGACGACGAGCACUUCUCAUUCACACCGCCUAAGGAGGCACUGCUUGCCACCUUGCGCUCUCUGGGCGGGCUGAGUGCCGGGGCGUACGGACCGCUCUGUGUCGCCCGUGGUGAGGGGCUCCGAGACGCCCGGUGCGGCGAACGCGCCCACUUCACCAUCACGGCGAAUGACCACGAGGCCGAACGGAGGCAGGCAGGCGGUGACCCCGUGUCGGCUACGGUGCUGGGCACGGAUGGUAGCGUCUCAGUGGCGGAGGUUCUGGACCAUGGCGACGGCACAUACGGGAUCAGCUACAUGCCACAGAGCGAGGGCAACAUCCUUGUGUCAGUGCUGGUGGGUGACAGGCAUGUAGAAGGUAGCCCAUUCUCUGUGCCUGUGACAGCCGGACGUGGGUAUGGGUCACUCGGGUUGCUUGUGUCUACAUUCGGCAGUGAGGGUGACGGCAAAGGGCAGCUGUGCCGCCCAUGGGGUGUUGCCGUGGAUGCGGAUGGCUACGUGAUUGUGGCCGACCGCAGCAACAACCGUGUGCAAGUGUUUGGACCGGAUGGAAGCUUCAAGCACGCCUUUGGCAGCCUGGGUUCACGUCCUGGCCAGUUUGACCGUCCCGCUGGGAUAGCGUGCGACCUCCACCGCCGCAUAGUAGUGGCGGACAAAGACAACCACCGCGUCCAGAUCUUUACCUUCCAGGGGCAGUUCCUGCUCACCUUUGGAGAGAAGGGCUCAAAAAAUGGGCAAUUUAACUACCCAUGGGAUGUGGCGGUCAACUCAGCCAGACAGAUCCUCGUGUCUGACACCCGCAACCACCGCGUCCAGCUUUUUGCCCCUGAUGGCUCGUUCCUCAACAAGUAUGGCUUUGAGGGCACACUCUGGAAACAUUUUGACUCCCCGCGUGGCGUCACCUUCACUCGGGAAGAUCACCUUGUCGUCACAGACUUCAACAACCACCGUGUGCUGGUGAUCCAGCCUGACUGCUGGUCUGCGCGCUUCCUGGGCUCAGAGGGGACUGGCAAUGGGCAGUUCAUGCGGCCGCAGGGUGUGGCUGUGGACUGGGAGAAUCGAAUCAUUGUAGCUGACUCGAGAAACCACCGUGUGCAGGUCUUCCUACCUGAUGGAACUUUCCUAUGCAAAUUUGGCACUCAGGGGGAUGGGCCAGGCCAGAUGGACCGCCCUUCUGGCGUUGCCAUAACACCAGAGGGGUUGAUUGUUGUGGUCGACUUCGGCAACAACCGCAUCUUGAAGUUUUGAUUGGUCGAUCUCUCUCUUUCUCUCUUUGCUGUCCUUUUUUUGCUUUUUUUCUACUUGGUUGACAUCUCUUUCCCUCUUUUAUUUUUGUCAUAUUUUCUAAUUUUUAUAUUUUGCUCAGCUGAGCAGGAUAAUUAUAUAAGGUUUUGCAUGGAGAUCUAGCUGUCCUUCAGCCAACUUGCAAAUCUGUUUCCAUUCUGUUUUUGUUUUUUGCUUUUCUUCUGGUUCAAUCCAAAGUGUAUUCCGUGAGCAAUCCUGUGACCCUAAACUAUAAGGUAAUCAGAAAGUCAAAUGUUUACUCAGCAGAAAUGCAAUUCUCUCAAGUGCUACUUGUAUGCAACUCAGUCACUGGAUCAUGCUAGUUAGUUCAAGUGCAGUUUGAUCUUGUGACUGGCAGCAAAGAUGCUGUCUCAUCUGUAAAUUUCUUUUCUUUCUCUCUCUUUCUCUCUCUCUCUCUCUCUCUCUCUCUCGCUCUCUCUCUCUCUCAGGGAUUUCCUAUGUACUCAGCACCACACCUACCUCAUUUAACACAAAAAAGAAUGUAGUACUGGGGAUGUAGUCUUAGCACAUGAUCAAAGCAAGCAAAGAAGAAAACAUCAACACCUUUUUAUACCUUGAUAUUUUAAUUUAUAUGUAAUGAUGCUAACUUUUAAGUCAUUUGUCAAUAGAUUAGUUACAUUUAUUUGCACACAAAUAAACAGAGUUCUCUGCCACGUCUCUGUGAGAUUAAGAACCUUUCAGGAUGUAUUGGCAUUUUGUUUCCUCAGGUAAUUCUUCAGGUCAGAGAGUAAAUUCUCAGAACCUUUCUCAGAUAAUUCUUAGACUGAGCAAAUUCUGAGAACAUAUCCUGUUUUAUCUCCUCAA